AUGGCAACCAUCUUCACGGGUGGCCGCAUUUUUACAAACGCCAAUGUCGGAGAUAGCCAAGCUCGGUUCUUCGACUCGAUGAUCAUUCAAGGUGACCAAAUCCUGUAUAUUGGCUCAGCUCUCGAUGAGCCGAUUGUCCGCGCAAAGGCCAAUGCCGCAGUGGUCAUCGACCUGGAUAAUCGAGUGGUUGUGCCCGGCUUUAUCGAUGCACAUAUGCACAUCCUGCACUUUGGACUCUCGCUGCGCAAACUGGAACUCAAGCAGUGCAACUCGCUCAAUGAAAUUCGACGGGCAAUCAAAGAAUACUCCGAAGCCCAUCCCAAAGCCCCGCGCAUUCUCUGCAAAGGGUGGACGCAUGUUUCAACCGAAGGUGUUGCCCUUGCGAGCAUGAUCGAUGACUUGGACCCGCGGCCGAUUUUCAUUGAAGCCUCCAAUUUGCACUCCACAUGGUGUAACACCGCUGCUCUGGAGGAGCUGAAGGCUAAUUCGCUUUCUGAUCCUCCUGGUGGCACGAUCCAUCGAGAUGAAGCGGGCCGUCCGUCCGGGCUGCUGGCUGAGGCUGCCCAUUUUGACUAUGUCUGGCCAUUUAUUGCAAAUACUACUUCACCAGAUGAAAAGUUCGCGGCAUUGGACGAAGCAGUCAGCGCCUACAGUGCUGUCGGAUACACAGGAAUGGUGGACAUGGCCAUGGAUGAAAAUACGUGGGAUGUAUUGCAACAGUUCUAUCGCCGCCGACAGCCACCAGUGCACAUUGCAGCCCAUUGGUUGAUCCCUUAUUCUGAUGAUCAGAAGGCAAUAUUCGAUCAUGUGGAUCGCGCUAUUGAAUUACACUCUACAUUCAACGCUACCACAUCGCCGAACCUCUAUAUCGCAGGGGUUAAAUUGAUCGGAGACGGGAUUGUGGAUGGAUGUACGGCCGCUCUGCAUCAGCCUUACUCGCAUAUCCAGUCGAAUGCAGACCCAAUCUGGCCGAGAGAUCCCAUGAUGGCCGUUGUGCAGCGGGCUGAUGCGGCCGGCUUACAGUGUGCGAUCCAUGCGAUCGGCGAUCGAACUGUCACGCAAGCAAUCGAUGUCCUCGCGGCCGUUGCAAGCCCGGCACGGAGACAUCGAAUCGAACAUCUCGAGCUAACCACCAUCGAAGAUGCACGACGCCUUGGAGCACUAGGCAUCACGGCCUCGGUCCAGCCCGUUCAUUCCGACCCGGCUGGGUUCACGGCGUGGCCCCGUCUCAUUGGAUCCCACCGCUGCCAGCGCGCUUUCGCAUACAAGGAAUUCCUCGAGGGAGGCGCACCACUAGCUUUUGGCACUGAUUCACCUACUGCGAAGCAUCUUCCCCUCCCAAAUAUAUACAACGCAACAACCCGCCGAUCUGCGAGAAUCCCCGAGAUGACCGAUACUGUCAAUAAGGAAUAUGCGUUGUCGCUUGCCUCCGCUGUUACUGCGGCUACUCGAGGAGCGGCAUACUCUUGCCGUACUGAUCAGUGGACAGGGAGUUUGAAGCCAGGGUAUAAGGCUCAUUUCGUGGUUCUGGAGACGGAUUGGACCCCGGAGACAUUGCUUCACAGUCGAGUUGCCCAGACAUGGUUCGCUGGAAAGAAGGUAUAUGAUGUGGAGGCAUAG